CACGAAGCAUGUUUUCUAAGAAAAAGGAAAAAAAAUAAAAAUAUCGCCAACAUCACGUGCUACUGAACGUAGCUCGCUGUUGAGAUCGACCAACCAAAGCUCUCGAAACAGGUUUCGUCCCGUUUUAAGAUAAGGCAAAUGACCAACCAAAGCUACCCGUCACUUUCUCACAGUGACUCUACAUAAUAUGCUGGUCAUUUUCAUCUACCAAAAGGACCUCCUCUCAUUGAUUCGUACUACGAUAAUUUACCACUGGCCCGCAGCUUGUCUGUCUGUAUACACAGGAUCUUCCUUGCACCGAGGGGAUAUAUGCGGGUUCUCAGGUAUUCGCAGUGUGCCAACAAGGCAACAACCAGACCAGACCAGACUAGAGCAGAGGAACCUCCCUGGAUCGCGACACUAGAGUAGUGGCCGGCGGCGAUGUCGGCGGGUGAGAGAAGGAAGACGGCGUGCGUCACCGGAGGGAGCGGCUACAUCGCCUCAGCGCUCAUCAAGCUGCUGCUUGUGAAAGGCUACGCUGUCAAGACGACCGUCCGAGACCCCGAUGACACGGAGAAGAAUUCCCAUCUCAAGGACUUGCAAGGACUUGGCCCCUUGGAGAUCAUCCGUGCCAAUCUGAGUGAGGAAGGCAGCUUCGACCAAGCUGUUUCCGGCUGCGACUACGUCUUCCUCGUCGCCGCUCCUCUGAACCUGAUGUCGGCAGAUCCGGAGAGAGAUCAGGUCGAAGCCACUGUCCAAGGAACGCUCAACGCCAUGAGGUCCUGCGCGAGGGCAGGGACGGUGAAGCGCGUGAUCCUGACGUCGUCCACCGCCGGCGUUGCGAGCUCGAGGCCGCUGCAGGGCGACGGACACGUGCUGGACGAGAGCUCCUGUUCCGACGUCGAGUACCUCAGGGCCAACAAGCCACCAACCUGGGGGUACUCGGUGUCGAAGGUGCUCGCGGAGAAGGCGGCGAGUAGAUUCGCGGAGGAGAACGGCAUCGACCUCGUCACCGUGUUGCCCGUGUUCACCUUGGGCGCGGCGCCGGUCUCCAAAGCAGCAUCCAGCGUUCCCGUCACCCUCUCCUUGUUGUCAGGUGAUGAAGCGCAGUUGGCCAUCUUGGAAGGCUUGCAGUCCGUCACCGGCACCGUGUCGAUAACCCACGUGGAGGAUCUCGAUCGCGCCGAGGUGUUCGUCGCCGAGAACGAGUCCUCGUCUGGGAGGUACAUCUGCUGCAGCCACAAUGUCACCAUCUUGCAGCUUGCUGGUCUCAUGGCACAGAAAUACCUGCAAUACAAUGUGAAUGCCGAUCGAUUUCGUGGGUGCCCCGAGCAAUCGAAAGUGUGCAUUUCGUCACAGAAGAUUGUUGGGGAAGGGUUUGUCUUCAAGUACGAGAGCCUGGGUGAGAUUUUGGAUGACCUUGUUGAGUACGGCAGGGCCACGGGGAUUUUACUCCACUGACAUGUUGGUCAGCAGCCGAUCUAUAUGUGAUCGCAACAAAAGAUGUGCUUCAAAAUAAGUAAAGUCUCACGACUGUGAA